UGUUGCGGUCAGCCUCUUCACAGCAGCUGCAGCAUCAGAAACUCACCGGCGGCGGAGGAACUGUCUCUGUGAAGGUGGACACCAUGAACUACGUGGGGCAGCUGGCGGGUCAGGUGCUGGUCACAGUGAAGGAGCUGUAUAAGGGGAUCAAUCAGGCCACACUGUCGGGCUGCAUCGACGUGGUGGUGGUCCGACAGCCCGAUGGGACCUUCCAGUGCUCCCCUUUCCACGUUCGCUUCGGAAAACUGGGGGUCUUGCGCUCCAGGGAGAAAGUAAUUGAUAUACAAAUCAAUGGGGAACCUGUAGAGCUGCACAUGAAGCUGGGAGACAACGGAGAGGCCUUUUUUGUCCGAGAAACAGAGCAGCACAACGAGAUAGUUCCAGCUCACCUGGUGACCUCCCCCAUCCCCUCAGAAGAGGAUCUGUUGAGGAGCAGAGAGCCCAGAUGUGGGCUCACAGCGCUGGAGAACAUUCCGCCUCUGAGUCCAGAAGACUCCACCUCUGGAAACCUCCAACCCUGCACCAACACAACCGGGAAGAAGAAGAGGAAACGCAGGAGGAAGCACAAAGCGGAGCCACGUAAGGAGGAGCAAAGCCCACCUGCAGGAGGGGAGCCGGAGCUGUGUGAGCUCAGUUCAGACGAGGAGCACACACACAACGGGUGGCCAUCUUCCCUCUCCGUGAUGAAGGAGAACAUGGACCACAGGCAGCCUUCCCCCCUCACCGCCCUCGAAUGGGACAGCUACCCCUUCUCUGACGCCGAGUGGUCCCCUCGCACUACUAGGGAGAUGUCGGAGCCCGUAUCGCACAAGAGUGACUCGGAGCUGAUGCUGAAGCCGGAAGAGAGCAUUCUCAGGGCCGAGUCCCACAUGCAGUGGACAUGGGGAGAGUUCCCAGAAUCCACCAGGGUCAACAAAAAGGACAAAUCAGAGCCAAGGAUGCUGACCAUCACUCCCUCUGAGAACACACACUUCAGGGUUAUCUUGAGCACUGAAGCCAUGGAGGAAAGGGAAGAAGAGAGAACAACAGAUCCCAUUUGCAGUAUAGUGAAGCCAGAGCCCCGCACCAUCAAACCUGAUCAGUGCAGCUGCUCCGCUCAGCGCCACGAAGCUCUGUCGGGAAACACAAACAUGACCAGCCACAAAACAGACCUUUCAGAUGUAAUGUCCAGCAGUUUGACCUCGGGGCCGUGUCCCCCCAAAUCUGACCUCAGCCCAAAGGCAGCCCACGCAAUAAGGUGGAAGUCUUCGCCGCCGAGCCGCCGGGGCAGCGGGGGGGGCAACGUGGCUGCAGACUCAGCAGCUGCUUGUCCCGAUUCAAGAUCUAAACCCAGCGACUCCCCGGCCAAGAGGAGAGGCGUGAGCAAGAGGAGCCAACACCAGGGCCCUGAAGAUAUUUACCUGGACGACCUGACUGCACUUGAACCUGAUGUUGUUGCCCGUUACUUCCCCAAAAGUGACUCUGAGCAGGUUCCUAAGCUCUGGGUGGAGAGGGGCCGGCGCUCUGGGUCCCAGUCCCCCCAGUCUGUGGGCAGCGGCGCGGCAGACAGCGGCACCGAGUGUCUGUCCGACUCCGCUGCCGACCUGCCCGACGUCACGCUGUCGCUGUGUGGAGGCGUCGCAGAGAACUCUGAGAUCCCUAAUGAGAAAUUCAUGGAGCACAUCAUCACCUAUAAUGAGUUUGCAGAGGAUCCAGCGAUAAUUGACAAUCCCAAUUUGGUGGUUAAAAUUGGAAACAGGUACUACAACUGGACCCUGGCAGCACCGUUGAUACUCAGUAUGCUGGCUUUUCAGAAGAGCUUGCCAAAGGCUACAGAGGAGGCCUGGGUGAAGGAGAAAAUGCCCAAAAAGUCUGGACGGUGGUGGUUCUGGAGAAAGAGCAGCGUGAAGUCAUCAUCAGAGACCAAGCUAGAGACACAAGAGUCUCUACCGGGAGAGACUGCCCCUCUCCAGGCCCCAGAACCACAGCAGAAAGCAGCAGAGAGGUCCAGCGACGAUGAGACGGAAGAGCUGAGCGCUUUGACAACCGCUCCGACACCUACUGAGCAUGUGCAGACAGAAGGCCCGACCGCGGCGCCUUGUCACUCCUACAAGAAGUCCCUCCGCCUGUCCUCUGACCAGAUAGCCAGCCUGAAGCUAAGGGAAGGCCCUAAUGAUGUCACCUUCAGCAUAACCACUCAGUACCAGGGGACAUGUCGCUGCGAGGGCACCAUCUACCUGUGGAACUGGGACGACAAGGUCAUCAUCUCUGACAUCGACGGCACCAUCACCAAAUCAGACGUGUUUGGUCACAUUCUGCCUCAGCUCGGGAAAGACUGGACUCAUCAAGGCAUCGCUAAGCUCUACAACUCCGUGCACGAGAACGGCUACAAGUUCCUGUACUGUUCGGCCCGAGCGAUCGGCAUGGCUGACAUGACGAGAGGGUAUCUGCACAGGGUGAACGACAGAGGGACCCUCCUGCCUCAGGGGCCCCUCAUGCUCUCCCCCAGCAGCCUCUUCUCUGCCUUCCACAGAGAGGUUAUAGAAAAAAAGCCGGAAAAGUUCAAGAUCCAAUGCCUCACAGACAUCAAGAACCUGUUCCUCCCAAACACACAUCCCUUCUACGCAGCCUUUGGAAACAGAGAAAGUGACGUGUUUGCCUACAAGCAAGUGGGCGUGCCCGUGUGUCGGAUAUUCACAGUGAAUCCCAAAGGAGAGCUAAUCCUGGAGCAAGCGAAAGGCAAUAAAACAUCAUACAGCCGUCUGAGCGAGCUGGUGGAGCACGUGUUCCCUCUACGCAGCUCCCAGCACAGCGCCACCUUCAGCUGCCCCGAGUUCAGCUCCUUCUGCUUCUGGAGGCAGCCCGUCGCCGAGGUGUGUUUAGAGGAGCUGCUUUGACUCAAUCUGGGGUUCAUAUUUGAAAUGAAGGAGGAAUGGCUUCUAAUAUAAGAAGAUUCUGGAAUAGCUUGAUAUUGUCUUAGACACAUUCCACUUUAAGUGAAAGAGUUUGGCGAUAGGACCAUGACGUCCAUGUUUAAGACAUCCAGCAUCUAAAUGAAGAGGUGUGUUUGAGGCUUUUGGCGUAUACAAAAGCCAAAAGUCUCGCCAUUCUAAUCGUUUUUUUGUUAGUAUAGGUAGAUAUUACCUAAGCACUGGUUUUGGCAGUGGAGGUGUUUAAACUGGCCACUGUUCAGUAUGAAACAAAUACUGAUUGUAUUUCUCUCUUUCCAUGACUUGAGGGCGAUCAUAAAACAUCCACGGUUAUAUUCAUAGCAGCUAUAUUUGCAUCCCUUUUAAGGCCUUACUCACUCUUUAGUGGCCUUAUAUCUCUGCUUACUAACUUUGCACAACGCUUCAAAGAAAACUGUGAAAUGAUUUAGUUAAUAAUUGCAUUGCUGUAAUUGAAAAAAGGAAGUCUUUAUGCACUGUAGACGUUGAUAUAUUGGUAUGAAGUAUAUUUGCAAAGCCCAGAUUGAAUUAGAUCAUUAU